UCAAAGCGUUGGGAAAAUAACCAGUGUGCAUCGCCAUACAAAGUGAAUAGCCUUGCUACUAUGAAUUGGGCAGUCUCUGCGCUAAUCGCGAAUGGAGAUACUUCAAAUUUCUGGAUUGAUGGCAGUAUUGACGGCUCUAGAAUCACAUUCAGUGAUGGUUCAACAAUGGCGGUUGACUCAAAUCUAUUUCACGAUGAUGAACCCAAUGGAAGUGGUUCCUGUCUGCAGUUGUGGCAUAAUAAUGGUUACUGGAUGAUGGAUGAUUCAUCAUGUCACUACGAGCUGAACUAUUUAUGUUCAGCAUUGCCUGUGGUUAGUUCGGACACAGCGUAUCUAGCGUCAACUCAAUGUGCGUCUGGAGCUCUAUACCAAGUUACUGACCAGGCCAGUUUGGAACGUGCUCAGGUUGUUAUGGCAACAAAUGGAGAGAAUGUAAAUUACUGGGUUGAUGGCAAUAUUUCAGGCAAUACAAUUACCUUCACUGGUGGUUCAAAAAUCGCAGUUGAUUCGACACUGUUUCACGCAAAUGAACCCAAUGGUAGUGGUCCCUGCCUCUUUUUGGGGUGGAACAGCGGUGAAUGGAAAUUAGAUGAUAGCGCAUGUGGUCAUCAGCGAAGGUAUUUAUGUAUUGGUUAAAUGAAAAUGGUUCAUUUACGACAGAUUCCGAAAAUAGUGCAUAAUGUAAAUAUAGUAUAUCGCAUGGGUUAGUUCGAUUGCAUGCCUGAUGUAAAAAUAAUAAUAAAUCGUAUGUAUUGCAGAA